AUGCCACCCCGCAAAUCCACGUCCUCAGUGACGCCCGCUGAUCCUGAUGAUUCCCUGCUCCAGCACUCGUCUCCAGUGGCGCACACCGACAAGCCCGUCUUUGCGACGGAGCAGCAGUUGAAGGCUCGGGCUGAGGCGGGCGCAAGUGUCGAGGACUAUCUCCUACCACGCUCACUGACGAUUCGUCUCGCCAAGUCGGUUCUCCCGCCGAAUACGACGAUCCAGAAGGACGCUGUAUUGGCUAUGCAGAAGGCUGCUACGGUGUUUGUUUCUUAUCUGUCUUCACACGCCAACGAUGCAACCCUCAAACGCACCAUUGCCCCAUCAGACGUCUUCAACGCCCUCUCCGAGCUGGAACUCGACUCUUUCCGCGGCAGGCUCGAACAGGAACUGGAGGCAUAUAUGGAAAUAAAAGCCGGGAAGCGCAAGCCAAAGAAGGCAGAUGAGAAUGGCUCCACGGAGGAUGCGUUAGGCGAAGGCGCGACCCAGGCCGAUGCUGAUGUCGAUAUGCUUGAUAACCCCGCGAAAAGGGUGAAGCGGGGCGUGAGUGUGGAGAAAGCUGUUGGUCCGACUGCUGGAGAUGAUGGAGAUGAGACUCAAGAGGAAGAUGUUGAAGAGGAAGAGGAAGAAGAGGAUGAGACUGAGGAGGAGGAAGAGGAGGAAGAUCGCACGCCGCGUGAGGAUAACCUUGAGCAUGUGGAGGAUUUGGACCGUGAGCCUGGUGCGAGGAGGGGGCCUUAUGAUCCUGAUGCCGAGGAGACGGAUGAAGAUGAGGAUGGGCCUGGUAGUCAGUUACGGGAUGAUCUUGGGUUGGGCUAA